GAAGGUCGAGAACUCGAGAUGCAACGCAUUGCGAUGCGCCGCCGCCAAUGCCGUGAUUGGAUUGGAUCCCAUUCCGUUUGGCGCCACCCCCGAUGUGGACUGACGACGAGGUCGUGUUGCCUUCGUCUUCCUCGUCCUGUUGGCCCGCGGACGCCUCAAACAUUGCAACACGCCCCUCGCAUUGGCCAAUAAUUGCCCCCACCAUUAGGGCAGAGCGAAAGGAAGCAUCUUUGGCGAUUCCCGUGGCCGACGGGACCGGCCGAUUUUAUUGGCCAUCUGCCACCGCUGGAAGGAUUGGUUUUUGCCUUCCUUGAUUCGAUUCUCCUGGCCAAGAGGAGAGGAGGAGGCAUUGAUUGCGCGCCCCCUGCUCCCAUCUCUGCCUUCGGGCCUCCAUCCAAUUGCUGUUCUGAGCAUUGAGGGGGGCGAGCAAGGAACUCGCUGCCCGGCCGGCCGGCGAUGGGGGAGGAGGGCACUUGGCCGUUGCUCAAGGAGGAGUACCACUACCACCCGGGGUGCCCCGGCUGCGCUUACGACCGGAGGAAGGACCUCCUCAGGGGAAUGCCGUACAAGGAGUUCCUCUAUGUCUGGAUGGUUUCUCUCACGGCCGCUUUACCAAUAUCAUCAUUGUUCCCCUUCUUGUAUUUUAUGAUAAGAGACUUGAAUGUUGCUAAAAGAACAGAAGAUAUCGGCUUCUAUGCCGGUUUUGUAGGUGCUUCAUUUAUGUUUGGUAGAUGCUUGACUUCAACAGCUUGGGGAAUAGCGGCAGACCGUAUUGGGAGGAAACCAGUUGUCAUGUUUGGCAUUUUCUCCGUGGUUGUGUUCAAUACUUUGUUUGGGCUAAGUGUCAACUAUUGGAUGGCAAUUGCUACUCGAUUUUUGCUGGGUGCUUUAAAUGGUCUACUUGGACCAAUUAAGGCUUAUGCCAUUGAAGUUUGCCGACCAGAACAUGAAGCCCUAGCAUUAUCACUUGUCAGCACAGCAUGGGGAAUAGGUCUCAUCAUUGGUCCCGCUCUAGGAGGCUACCUUGCACUGCCUGCAGAAAAUUUUCCAAAUAUCUUUUCACCUGACUCGUUCUUUGGAAGGUUUCCAUAUUUCUUACCAUGCUUAUGCACAUCAGUCUUUGCUGUUGUUGUUCUCAUAAGCUGCAUAUGGAUGCCGGAGACUUUGCACAAGCAUAAAGUUAGUGAAAAUGAAAACCAGAGCAUUGAAGCUUUGGAGGCUCAUCUGAUUGAUCCAAAAGAAAAGGUUGAAGAAAGUGGAAGUUUGGGUACCAAGAAGAAGAGCUUAUUCAAGAAUUGGCCAUUGAUGUCAUCAAUAAUUAUCUAUUGCAUCUUCUCCUUCCAUGACAUGGCUUACACAGAGGUGUUCUCUCUAUGGGCUGAAAGUGACAAGAAGUAUGGUGGACUCAGUUUAUCGUCCGAGGAUGUAGGUCAAGUCCUGGCAGUUACAGGUGCCAGUCUUCUUGUAUAUCAACUGUUCCUGUACCCUCGUAUCAAUAAAGUUCUUGGGCCUACAAAUUCUUCUCGAAUUGCAGCAAUCCUGUGCAUACCUAUCCUCUUUGCCUACCCUUAUAUGACAUACCUUUCAGAACCUGGAUUAUCAAUCGUUCUCAAUAUUGCAUCGGUGAUAAAGAAUAAUCUUUCUGUUACCAUCAUUACAGGCACUUUCAUCCUUCAAAACAAUGCCGUGCCUCAGGAUCAAAGAGGAGCUGCAAAUGGAUUGUCUAUGACAGGAAUGUCGUUUUUCAAGGCAGUUGCUCCAGCAGGAGCAGGCAUUGUGUUCUCGUGGGCACAGAAAAGGCAGCAUGGUUUUUUCUUUCCAGGUGAUCAGAUGGUGUUCUUUCUUCUGAAUGUGAUUGAGUUGCUUGGACUCAUCCUCACAUUCAAACCCUUUUUGGCUGUGCCUGAGCAAUAUAAUAGAAAUUAGAACUCAAAUUGUAGAAGCUUAGGGAUAUUCAAAUAGAGUCUUGCACCGUAGAGGUAGAGGGCAUAAUGCCCAUCCACAAGGAGGAACCUGAAAGAGGGAGAUUGAGUAGUUGUUGCGUGUAACUGCAAGUGUUGUAUGUAAUUGCAGCAAUUCAGUAGAGGAAAUGUAUAGUUGGUAAAUGGCAGCCAAUCGAUUGCUUGCUUUUGAUUAGGCAGGCAUUUUGUGCCGAGUUGCUGCACUGUAAAGUAGAAAUAAUGUGAGGAACAGGAGCUCGAAAUUAUUUGUUCGACGUGAAAUUCGUAGACAUUUCUAUCCUAAA